CGGCGCGCGGCGUCUGCUGCUUGCCGUGUUUACAGUGCAGACGGUUUCGAUGCUCCGGCGGAGACACUCGCGCUGCCGCUGCCGUGUCUCUUGGCGUGUCGCGUGCGCGGCUGGGCUGGACCAGCGCUUCCGGCAGACCGCGAUAAAACGGUGCUUGAUUCAUUUCGUGUCGAAAGAAAGAAAACCAACAACGAAAUAGAGUGAAAGUGACAGUGUAGCGUGCAUUGCGUUGUGAUCUGUGGAUAUGGAUCGGAGCUGAUCGCACCCGCCGAGUUUUGGAUUACUUUGAGCGUCGAGCUGUCAAGAUGGCCCGGCCCGUGGCGCGGCCCCUGGCCUUGGCCGUGCUGCUGUGCGCGCUGGCCUGGCCCGGCCUGGCGGCGGCCGCGGCGGCCCCAGGAACGCGACGGCGGUCUCGGACGUCGACAAGUACGUCGUGACGGGCAGCGACGACGGCGGCGCCCCGGCGGACAACGCCGCCAUGGAGAUCGGCACCCGGGCCGGUGUGCUCGGCCAGGCGGCGCAGGCCGUCGGCAACGCGUUCAUCGGCAAGGGGAAGUGCUUCAUCUGCGUGGUUGCGACGGGGCUGAUCCAGAAGAAGGUGAAGGACGGCGCCACGGACGAGGACGUCGCCAAUACGCUCACGGAGCAGUGCAAGCUGUACCGCGUGCAGGAGCCCGCCGUGUGCGACGGCGUCAUCAGGCUCUUCGCGCCGGAAGUAGUGUACAUCAUCAACAACACCAACCUGACGCCCAACGAGAUCUGCUCGUACGCCUUCACGGACGAUUGCGGUGAUGACUUCGACCGGAAGCACGACUGGACAGUGGAGCUGCCCCCGGGACCGAAGCCCCCCGUGGAGCCCGAGCGCGAGCCGAAGGCCGGCGCGCCGCGACUCAAGCUGCUGCAGCUGUCCGACACGCACGUGGACCCGCACUACAAGGAGGGCUCGCUGGCGGACUGCGAGCUGCCGCUGUGCUGCAGGGGCACCAGCGGCCCGGCCAACGGCAAGCGCCUGGCGGGCAAGUGGGGCGACUACGGCCGCUGCGACGCCCCCGUCGCCCUGCUGGAGAACACCCUGCAGCACAUCGCCAAGGAGCACCCCGACCUGGACGGCAUCCUGUGGACGGGUGACCUGCAGCCGCACGACAUCUGGAACCAGACGCGCGAGGAGAGUCUGAGCAUCCUGCGCCUCACCACCGACAUGAUCCUGCGCGCCUUCCCCGGCGUGCCCGUGUUCCCCGCCCUCGGCAACCACGAGGCCGUGCCCGUCAACAGCUUCUCGCCGUCCACGGUGACGGGCCGCUUGUCCAUGAGCUGGCUCUACGACGAGGUGGCGACGCAGUGGGCGCACUGGUUGCCGGCCAACCAGUCGGGGCUGGUGCGGCGCGGCGCCUUCUACAGCGUGCUCUUCAAGCCCGGCCUGCGCGUCGUCUCCAUCAACACCAACUUCUGCAACGACAAAAACUGGUGGCUGCUGCUCAACAGCGACGACCCGGACCAGGAGCUGCACUGGCUGGUGGAGGAGCUGCAGAAGGCGGAGCGGGCCGGCGAGAAGGUGCUCGUCGUGGGGCACAUCCCGCCGGGCACGCCGGAGUGCCGCUCCGUGUGGAGCAGGAACUUCGACGAGAUCCUCUUGCGGUAUGAGAACACGGUGAGCGGCCUGUUCUUCGGGCACAACCACUGGGACGAGUUCCAGCUCUUCUUCGACCGCGCCGUCCCGGACAAGCUGCGCCCCUACGCGGUGGCCUACGUGUCGCCCUCGGUGACGCCCUACGAGAAGCCCAACCCCGCCUACCGGAUCUACUACGUGGACGGCGAGCACCCGGACACCACCUACAGCGUGGUGGACCACGACACGUGGACCAUGGACCUGAAGGCGGCCAACCGGGAGGGCACCCCGGAGUGGAUGCGUCUGUACAGCGCGGCCAAGGCCUACAACCUGCCGUCGCUCACACCCUCGAGCUGGACGAGGCUCGUCCGGGACAUGGCCUCCAACGACGCCCUCUUCGACGAGUUCUACAAGAACUACUACCGCGACAGCGCGGAGCGGCCGGCCUGCGACAACCAGUGUCGCCGCAAGAUCCUCUGCCAACAGCUGCAGGGCCGCUCCAGGGACACAACUCCUUGUCAGCUCUUCCUUCCUCUGGAAGUCAGUGGAAAGGAUGUUCCAGACUUGAAAGAGACAGAAGUUGUCAGUCCAACGACUCAAAAGCCUCAAUUACCAAUGGCUUCAUCACCACCGCCGUCAUCGAGCUCUAGUUCAACGAAUCCUACAGCUGCUAUUGUGUUCAUGCUGUUAGCUUUGAUAUCUGCAUGUGGUGUGCACCUGUGAUAUGGACAGCUGUUUUUUUAGCAGCAUGGAGCUAGCAUCAGUGAAUGAAAGCAUGUUGAAAAUGGAUUUCGGCAAUUCAGUUCAUCUGAGGGGAUUUCUGUUCAUUUUACUGAUAUUAUGCCAUGGAUCUCAUUAUGACUAUUUGAGUGCUGCAUAACUUGAAGACGUGUCAAAUGAAAUGUUAGUUUGUGACUUUUUUGCGUGUGCGCGGGUGUGUAUAUGUGUGACAAGAUAAGUACAUAUGUAGUAAAUAAUUCUAUUUUUUGUUUGUAAUUAUCAUAGUUUUAAAAAAAUGUACUGUUCACAGCCUUUGGGGUGUAAAAACUGACUUUAUGGGAAAAAUAUUUUUUAAGCAAUCUUUUUUUUUUUUUGCUCUGAUAGGUUUUAAAACAUAAUAACUACAGAACUUCAAAAUAUUUUUGGGUGUUAAAGAAAUUGUAUUUCUGUGACCAACCUUAACUUGCGUAUGAAUGUUUAUUUUAAUGAGUGCUAAUAAUAAUGCUAUGUGAUGUUUUUAUUACCAUUUUGUGAUAGUAUUUUUGUAUGUAGUAAAAAAUAAAAAGGCAACUCCUCUACUAGUAA